CCAUGGAUCAAUAUAAAAGAGCAUGAUGCCUUAUUUGUUCACUGAGAAAAAAAAAAAAAAACCAAAAGACGAGAAGCAAGGUAUCUAUGAGAUGGACGGGACGGGAUGAUCACAGACCAUGAAUGGAUGUUGUCGAUCAACAAGCGUGAAAAUCGGAUGGAAAUGUUCUUUUAUCUAUUUGAUAGACAGUAGAGAGGAGAUGAAGAGAGAUAUAUGUAUGUGUGUGUGUGUGUGUGUGUGGGUGCGUGCGGUAGAGAGAGAGCUGCAUGUGCUUCGUUGGAAAUGCUUAUACUACAGUUCUCUUUGCAAAAAAAAAAAAAAAAAAAAGGCCCGUCCUUUCAUUUCGGAAUGUUUCUUGUCCUACAAUGUGAGUGAAUUGCUGACAAGUGCAUUUUCUGACAUAUAUGAUCUAUUCUAUCUACACGUUUCAAUAACACGCACAAAUGUUACACAACAGCUUUUUUUUUUUUUUUUUUUUUUCUAAUCUGUUUCCUUUGGCUGCUCAUAUGCACUUGCCUGUCGACCAUGAUGGAGCUGCUGUCGGGAUUCGAGAUUUGAUGUGCGUGUGUGUCUAUCGUUCAAGAUCUCGUUUUCCCUUGGAAAAAGGACUUCUCCGUUUCUCUCCCUGCAU